AUGACAGCAGGGCAUGCGCGCAUGCUGCUUGUUGCCAUAGCACUAUUCAGUGCACCAUGGUCAAAGCAUCCGGGCGGUUCCCAGGCUCGCUACGUUGACUCUAGCAGCUAUGGCAGUUCGUCAAGCUAUGGAGACACCCAAGACCCAUAUAGCAACGGAGACUCCAAUGGCUAUGGAGACACCCAAGACCCUUAUGGCAGUGAUGACAACGGAGACUCCAAUGGUUAUGGUGACACAGAAGACCCAUAUGGCAGUGAUGGCUAUGGAGACACCCAAGACCCAUAUAGCAGUAAUGGCAACGGAGACUCCAAUGGCUAUGGAGACACAGAAGACCCCUAUGGCAGUAAUGGCUAUGGAGACUCCCAAGACCCAUAUAGCAGUAAUGACAACGGAGACUCAAAUGGUUAUGGUGACACAGAAGACCCAUAUGGCAAUGAUGGUUAUGGAGACACCCAAGACCCAUAUAGCAGUAAUGGCAAUGGGGACUCAAAUGGCUAUGGAGAUACCCAAGACCCCUAUGGCAGUGAUGGGUAUGGAGACACCCAAGACCCCUAUGGCAGUGAUGGCUAUGGAGACACCCAAGACCCAUAUGGCAGUGAUGGCUAUGGAGACACCCAAGACCCAUAUAGCAGUAAUGGCAACGGAGACUCCAAUGGCUAUGGAGACACAGAAGACCCCUAUGGCNAAUGGCUAUGGAAACACCAAUGUUGUGGCGAUGGCCAGUAUGACACUAGUUUAGAGGGAUGCUGCAAUGAAAAGGUUUACACACUUUCCACCCAAGAUUGCUGCAACAACGUCUAUAUCGUCACAAAGCCGAAGCAAUGCCUAGGCGAACGUGGACUACGAUAUGGCUACCCGCCAUCUUCUUACGAUACACAAAGGCAGACCCAACAAGGCAACAAUAACUACUACCAACCACCUACUAAUGGGUAUGAUUCCACCACUCCAAGCUAUGGCAGUUCCUCGUCGAACGGUAAACCAAAAAUGAUUGGAUACGAGGAUUCCCAAAUGAAGUCAACUGGGUAUGACAGUAAUGUAUAUAACGGUCCAACAACUAGUGGCUACGAUUCCAUGACAUACGGCCCAACAACUGAGGGCUACGAUUCAAUGACUCCAAGUUACUAUCAGCCUAAAAUAAUGAAUGGUAACAAACCCAAGAUGACUGGAUACGGCACAAAUGGUGAUUCAAUGAUGAAGAUGUCAAAUGGGCGCAACUCUGGGAAUGGCAAUGGUCCUUCGUACCCCCCAAAUUCUAAUGGGAACAAGCCCAUGCCCUCUGGAAAUGGGAUGUCAUCGUCUAACGGUCAAUCUAAAACCGCUAACAAUAACGGUAAGCCUAAAACAUUGUAUGGUUACAUACCUAAAUUAAAGGGAUACAGCACCGCUGGCAAUUCAAUGAUGACUGGAUACGGCACCAAUGGUGAUUCAAUGAUGAAGAUGUCAAAUGGGCGCAAUUCUGGGAAUGGAAAUGGUCUGUCCUAUCCUCCAAAUUCUAAUGGGCACAAAUCAAUGAACUCUGGAAAUGGUAUGUCAUCGUCUAACGGCCAAAACAAAGCCCCCAAUAGUUAUAAACCCAAAAUGACUGGAUAUGGCACCAAUGGUGAUUCAAUGAUGAAGAUGUCGAAUGGGCGCAACUCUGGGAAUGGAAAUGGUCUAUCCUACCCCCCAAAUUCUAAUGGGCACAAAUCAAGUAACUCUGGAAAUGGUAUGUCAUCGUCGAACGGCCAAAACAAAGCCCCUAAUAGUUAUAAACCCAAAAUGACUGGAUAUGGCACCAAUGGUGAUUCAAUGAUGAAGAUGUCGAAUGGGCGCAACUCUGGGAAUGGAAAUGGUCUAUCCUACCCCCCAAAUUCUAAUGGGCACAAAUCAAGUAACUCUGGAAAUGGUAUGUCAUCGUCGAACGGCCAAAACAAAGCCCCUAAUAGUUAUAAACCCAAAAUGACUGGAUAUGGCACCAAUGGUGAUUCAAUGAUGAAGAUGUCGAAUGGGCGCAACUCUGGGAAUGGAAAUGGUCCAUCCUACCCCCCAAAUUCUAAUGGGCACAAAUCAAGUAACUCUGGAAAUGGUAUGUCAUCGUCGAACGGCCAAAACAAAGCCCCUAAUAGUUAUAAACCCAAAAUGACUGGAUAUGGCACCAAUGGUGAUUCAAUGAUGAAGAUGUCGAAUGGGCGCAACUCUGGGAAUGGAAAUGGUCUAUCCUACCCCCCAAAUUCUAAUGGGCACAAAUCAAGUAACUCUGGAAAUGGUAUGUCAUCGUCGAACGGCCAAAACAAAGCCCCUAAUAGUUAUAAACCCAAAAUGACUGGAUAUGGCACCAAUGGUGAUUCAAUGAUGAAGAUGUCGAAUGGGCGCAACUCUGGGAAUGGAAAUGGUCCAUCCUACCCCCCAAAUUCUAAUGGGCACAAAUCAAGUAACUCUGGAAAUGGUAUGUCAUCGUCGAACGGCCAAAACAAAGCCCCUAAUAGUUAUAAACCCAAAAUGACUGGAUAUGGCACCAAUGGUGAUUCAAUGAUGAAGAUGUCCAAUGGGCGCAACUCUGGGAAUGGAAAUGGUCCAUCCUAUCCCCCAAAUUCUAAUGGGCACAAAUCAAUGAACUCUGGAAAUGGUAUGACCUCGUCUAACGGCCAAAACAAAGCCCCUAAUAGUUAUAAACCACAAAUGACUGGAUACGGCACCAAUGGUGAUUCAAUGAUGAAGAAGAUGUUAAAUGGGCUCAACUCUGGGAAUGGAAAUGGUCUAUCCUACCCCCCAAAUUCUAAUGGGUACCAACCAAUGAACUCUGGAAAUGGUAUGUCCUCGUCUAACGACCAAAACAAAGCCUCUAAUGGUUAUCCACCCAAAAUGACUGGAUACGGCACCAAUGGUGAUUCAAUGAUGAAGAUGUCGAAUGGGCGCAACUCUGGGAAUGGAAAUGGUCCAUCGUAUCCCCCAAAUUCUAAUGGUUACAAACCAAUGAACUCUGGAAAUGGUAUGCCAUCGUCUAACGGCCAAAACAAAGCCUCUAAUAGUUAUCCACCCAAAAUGACUGGAUACAGCACUAAUGGUGAUUCAAUGAUGAAGAUGUCGAAUGGGCGCAACUCUGUGAACGGAAAUGGUCCAUCCUAUCCCCCAAAUUCAAAUGGUUACAAACCCAUGAACUCUGGAAAUGGUAUGUCCUCGUCGAACGGCCAAAACAAAGCUCCUAACAGUUAUAAACCCAAAAUGACUGGAUACGGCACCAAUGGUGAUUCAAUGAUGAAGAUGUCAAAUGGGGGUAACUCUGGGAAUGGAAAUGGUCCAUCGUAUCCCCCAAAUUCUAAUGGUUACAAACCAAUGAACUCUGGAAAUGGUAUGUCCUCGUCUAACGGUCAAAACAAAGCUCCCAAUAGUUAUCCACCCAAAAUGACUGGAUACGGCACCAAUGGUGAUUCAAUGAUGAAGAAAAUGUCAAAUGGGCGCAACUCUGGGAAUGGAAAUGGCCCAUCCUACCCCCCAACUUCUAAUGGGUACAAACCAAUGAACUCUGGAAAUGGUAUGUCCUCGUCUUACGGCAAUUCUGGGAACGGAAAUGGUCCGUCGUAUGGCCCAACUACUCCUGGUUACGACUCCAAUACGCCUGGAUACUCCAGUGGUAACUCUGGGAACAACUCCCAAAAGAAACAAGUGGGAAACAACAACGGUGCCUCAACGAAUGGGAUAACUGUCCCUUCCUACGUAAUGAGGUCUAACAAGAUGAACAGCGGUGGUGGACAGCAGGCCAGGAACCAAGUCAGGGGAUACCCGUAUCAGUAA